AUGGUUGCAGUGAAAGUUUUUGCCAUGCAAGACCGCAACUCCUGGCAGACCGAAAAGGACGUUUUUUCGUUGCCACAGAUGAAACACAACAACAUUCUCACCUUCCUGGGCGCUGAACGACGCGGCGAGGGCAUCGAAACUCAGUACUGGCUAGUAACCGAGUACCACCCCAAUGGAUCACUGUGGGACUACCUCAAGUCUCACACCGUCAACCUCAAUCAGCUGCUCACCAUUGUUCAGGGAAUUGGAGCCGGACUCACCCACCUGCACGAGGAACUGUCACCCACAAGCACUGAACGCGGCAAGCCGUCAAUUGCCCACCGAGACUUCAAGUCAAAGAACGUCCUUCUCGGCUCCAAAUUCCGCCCAUGCAUUGCUGAUUUUGGCCUGGCAAUCGUCUUCAACCCGAACGCCAUUCUCGGUGACGCCCACGGUCAGGUGGGCACUCGUCGAUACAUGGCGCCGGAAGUGCUCGAAGGUGCAAUCAACUUCAACCGUGAAUCCUUCCUGCGAAUUGACAUGUACGCGUGCGGCCUCGUGCUCUGGGAGUUGUUGUCGCGCACCAGCUUUGGCGAGAUCACCUGUGGCGAGUACCGCCUGCCUUUUGAAGAGGAGGUGGGCCCCCACCCCAGUCUGGAGGACAUGCAGGUGGUGGUGAGUCAGGAGAAGAAGCGCCCCAUCCUCCUUGACACCUGGUUCAAGCACCCCACAAUGGCCGUCGUGGCGAACACCGUCCAGGACUGCUGGGACCAGGACACUGAGGCGCGCAUCUCUGCUUCCACCAUCUGCGAACGCAUCAACGCACUCAUACUCGCCAAGGAGACCGAAGAGAGCUGUCUGUCGUUGAACAACCAAAACGGCACUGCCGCCUAUCGUGCAUCAGUCCCCUUCACCGGCAACGGGGGAGUUGCCACGUCAGGAGCACUGCCUGCCAAUGGCAUCGUCAGCAGUGGCAUGGGCAGUGUCGGUGGAGCAGUGCUGGGCAGUGCAAAGAACGCCUUCCUCAUGACCGCACACCCAACGGCAGCUGUGAACGGCAUGAACAGCACUGUCACUGCAAAUGGCUCGGUGUACGCAGUUCGAGAGACGAGCACGUGA